AACACUUUCCCCGCUGGCAAGUUUAAGACAAUUGUAUUCGAACUUUGAUAACAAUGUCGUGUUUUAAAGGUGACCUCGACUUUUGCCCUGAAUGUGGAAACAUUCUCCCAGUGCCUGGCAGGGAAAAUACUAUUAAAUGCCCUCGAUGCUCUUUUGAAAUAUCUGUUCAAGAAUUCACAGGUCAAGUUAUUAAGUCGUCGGUGGUGUUUAAUCCUUUGGAUCAGAGCUCUAUUGCUAUUGACAGCGUGGAAGAUGCUGAAUUAAAGGGUCCAGUGAUUGACAGGAGAUGUUCUCGCUGUAAUAAAGAGGGAAUGGUGUAUCAUACAAGACAGAUGAGAUCUGCAGAUGAAGGGCAGACAGUCUUCUUCACAUGUAUACACUGCAGGUACCAAGAAAAGGAGGAUUCAUGAGAAAAUAACCUUUGCUGCUGUUGUUGUCUUUUACAGUUAUUGGUUGCCAGAAUUUAAAUAGUAUUAAGUAUUAAAAAUGUUUUUAUUUGUCCACAAUGUUAAUUAAUAAAAAAAUAAUAAA